UGGAGAGGGGGAGGCCAGCAACAGGGAAAUGCUGAGGGCGCUGGGGGAGGGAAUUCAGGGGUUAAAAAGCCAUGGGUCCAGGCUGAAGUUGGAAGCAGCUGGCGGCGAAGUUCUGCACCCGGGCCUCUCACAGAGGCCCCGCCCGCCCUGCUCCCCACCCCGGAGCCGCCAUGUGGCCCCUGGCCGCUGUGAUCGCCUUCCUGACGGUGGCCUUGUCAGGCGGUAUCUCUCAGGAGUAUCCCAAGAUUCUCAACGGCACUAAUGGGACCAGCGGGUUUCUCCCGGGGGGCUACACCUGCCGCCCCCACUCUCAGCCCUGGCAGGCAGCCCUACUGGUGCAAAAGCGGCUGCUCUGUGGGGGAGUCCUUGUCGACCCCAAAUGGGUCCUCACUGCAGCACACUGUCUGAAGGAAGGGUACAGAGUUUACCUGGGCAAGCAUGCCCUGGGGCGUGUGGAGGCCGGAGAGCAGGUGAGGGAGGUAGUCCGCUCUAUCCCCCACCCUCAAUACCAGAUCAGCCCCACCCACCUGAAGCAUGACCACGACAUCAUGCUUUUGGAGCUGCAUUCACCGGUCCAGCUCACGAACCACAUCCGUGUUGUGCCCCUCUCCCAAGACUGCCUCCCUGCUGGCACCUGCUGUCGGGUGUCUGGCUGGGGCACCACCACCAGCCCCCAGGUGAGUUACCCCCCAACCUUACAAUGUGCCAACAUCCAGCUUCGCUCAGAUGAGGAGUGUCAUCAGGUCUACCCGGGGAAGAUCACACCCAACAUGCUGUGUGCCGGCACAGAAGAGGGUGGCAAGGACUCCUGUGAGGGCGACUCCGGGGGCCCCCUGAUCUGUAAUGGAACACUCCAUGGCAUCAUCUCCUGGGGAGACUUCCCAUGCGGGCAGCCCAACCGGCCUGGUGUCUAUACUCGAGUCUCUCAAUAUGUUGUGUGGAUCCGAGAAACGAUUCAAAAACACAGAACCCAAGAGUGGAAAUGGACGAAGGGGAAGGGCCCACAGUAAAAGCCGGGUUGGCUCACCUGCCUCCUUCCUCCCUCCCUCCCUCCCUCCCUCUGCACCCUCCUCACUCCAUUGGCCCAGCCCUUCUCUGCCCCUCCCAAAGUUCCACUUGAACCAGUGAUCCGUAUUCUCAGAACCUCUGAUCCCGGCCGACAUUUCGUGUUUCAGAAGCAUUCAGUCACUUCCGAUAUCAUGGUCUCCCACAUACUGCAUCCUCAAAUACCUCAGUACCCUCAGCAUCCCAACCCAAUGUUCCAGGACUCCCACUGUUUCAACAGAAUCCCAGAUAGCCAUCUGAAUGUUCUGUCUGUGGAAUACCCUUAAAUACAUUCAUUGACUCAUCUCAACAAUACUCUAUGUCCCAUGAAUGGAACUUCCUUGAUAUCGUGCCAAACCCUUUCACGUAUUUCCUGACUACCAACAUUCUAGACACUUCUGUCUUUGGUGCCCAAGAAGGUUCUAGACUCCUGCGACAUUUCAUCUUGAAAAUAUUCUCUCGGGGCACCUGGGUGGCUCAGUCAGUUAAGUGCCCCACUUUGGCUCAGGUCACGAUCUCACGGUCCGUGGGUUCAAACCCCGCGUGGGGCUCUGUGCUGACAGCCUGGAGCCUGGAAGCUGCUUCGGAUUCUGUGUCUCCCUCUCUCUGCCCCUCCCCUGCUUGCUCUCUGUCUCUCUCUCUCCCUCAAAAAUAAACAUUUUUUU